GAGAAGGCCGUCAGCAUAUGGGAGUCUAAGAACUUCUUUUAUGAACUCGAACCCCUGCCAGGAGCCGUGGAAGCUGUGAAGCAGAUGGCCAGCCUGCCCAACACGGACGUCUUCAUCUGCACGAGCCCCAUCAAGAUGUUCAAGUACUGUCCGUACGAGAAGUACGCCUGGGUGGAGAAGCACUUCGGGCCCGAAUUUCUGGAGCAGGUCGUGCUGACCAGAGACAAGACGGUGAUCUCUGCUGACCUGCUCAUAGACGACCGGCCGGACGUCACAGGGGCCGAGCCCAACCCCAGCUGGGAGCACGUCCUCUUCACAGCCUGCCACAACCAGCACCUGCAGCUGCAGCCCCCCGGCCGCCGGCUGCACUCGUGGGCGGACGACUGGAAGGCCCUCCUGGACAGCAAGCGGCCCCGCUGAGCUGGACUGGGCUCCCGGUGCCUCCAGAUGCUGAUCUCAGGGUCCCAGCUCAGGGCCUGGGGGCUCGUGCCCCCCUGCCAAAGCGCACCCGCCCGCCCCGCCCGGCCUGGCCUUAACCUGUUUCCGGGGCAGGGUUGGACCCCACAGCCCUGGACGGAGAUACGUGCCCCCAGCAGUUUGGACUGACCUCAGGGUCCUGACAGGGAAGAGGCCGCAGCCCUCUGCCCUCCCUAGGUAAGUUUCCAGAAUUGUCCAGGCACCUGGGCCCAGGUGCACCGCCGAGGAAGCCAGGAACACGACCUCCAGAGACUCCGGUGGGAACGAGCCCCUCAGUGCAGCCGCCCCUCUGCCGCCUGCCCUGCCCAGGCUGGUCUCUCCACAUGGCACUCACAUGUCAGCACACACUCAGCCGGGCUCUGUGCUGGGAGGUGACACUGGCCCUGCCCCGACAGCUCAGAGCUUUCCUGCCCAUCUCACCUGGAGCCACUGCGGGCCGGCAGAGUCUGCGUGGGGCAGGCCCGGGCGUUUGUGAGCCAUGCUGAAUAAAGCUGUCACCUGUA